AUGGUUUCCCCGUCCGGCGCCAUCCUGGCACCCCCGGCAGUUGCCUCUCUAAGGGCACAACAGACAACUGCUAUGGAGAGGUCUUUGAGCCAGGACAUCCGGGAAGAGCGCGAGGAGCUUCGAGAAGCUGCUGAACAGACUCUCAAUACCAUCGUGGACCUCAAUCUUGAUGGAACAAUUAAAUGGGUCAGUCCCUCGUGGACUGAUGUUGUAGGUACCCAGUUUGAGACAGUCAGUGGCCUGCCUAUCUCCGACCUGAUAGUUAGCGACAACAAAAAUGUGUUCACUGAAGUUGUCGAAUCCAUGAAGAAAGACGAUUCUCGGAGCCACAGAGUCCGAUUCGCUGUCAAUAUUGGACCCCUCUCGAAGCUUUUACCCAUCGACGACCUCGAAAAUGACCCCGAGAACGAGCAGUCACAUGCUGUAGACCUUGAAGCCCAAGGAAUUAUGGUAUACGACAGUGUCUCGGGUGGAGAGAGCCAUACAAUGUGGAUGAUUCGCCCUUGGAUAGCUCCACGAGAAAUCAAGAUCGACCUUCCCAACGUAAUCGUGGAUUCGUUAGGCUCAGGUGCUGAAGUCCUGGCGAGCUAUCUGACUCAACUUGCUGAGAGCGGACUUGAUGACCCCGAACAACAAGAGCCUCCGCCACCGGUCCUCUGCCGCAUUUGCGAACGUCAGAUCCCUCGAUGGUGGUUUGAGAAACACACCGAUUUGUGUUUGCAAGAACAUCGGGCCGAGAUGGAUGUUCAAAUGGCACAGGAAAGCCUGACUGAGCAUCGACAUUCGAUCGUCAAGGUGCUCGACGCAUUAGAGGCCCGCAAGAGCCGGUCACUUGCUGGCGAUCAGACGCCUGUCCCAGUCGCCGAAUACAAAGGUUUGCCAAUUGGGCCGCCGCCAUCAACUCAGUCGUCACCUGGCAGUUCAUUGCCUCGAUCGAGGGAACGUUCUGGAGGACUUGGGCAUACUAGGGCACGCUCGUUCGCUAUUCGACGACCUCAGGCUCGAAUUGUCGAGCUGCUCAUGGAUCUUUGCGAUACCGCUAUUGAGAUUAGCACACCUGCGAUAAAGGAGUCCUCAACCCAACAAAGUGGCGAUUUUAGAACACAAUCCCCGCAAUCUGAGUCACGAAUAUCACAGGUUCUGCAAUGGCAAUCGCCAAGCACCAAUACUCUGGAGCAGGAACAAGGAUUGGCUCUGUUGUGCGCUGACACGGAGAAGGUUGCUAGGAACAAGGUCGACGCUGUUUUUCGUCACAGGAAAAUUAUCGAGUAUGCUGAACGUAUUCGUAUCGAACUUGCUUGCCUUGUCCAAGACUGUAUCGACGAGGCCCUGAGGAAGGCGGCUCGCAUAGCCAACGGCGAAUUGACCGACUCGACAGAAGAAGAACGGCUCAACUCAGAGUACGAACAAUGUGACACAUGUGAUGAAGGUACUGGAGACGACGAUAUACCUCCAGAACCCCUUGUCUCUGAACCUCAGCAUCUUCUGCAGCGAGGCAGCGAAAGCUUCACGGAGCCCUUGAGCAACCCAUCUGUGCUAGCCACUGCCCUUCGCCAGAUGAAUCUUUCUGAAAAUAAAGACCGAUCAAGACCAACGUCGUUUGUGGCCUCUACGAGAUCAAGCAGCCCUAAAGAGUGUCCUACGCCUAGAUCUCACUUUGGCGGGCAGAGUAGCCUUGGGGUUCAGGCACGAGAUACUCGCAGAGACUCGGUCUACUUAGAAGGUGACUUUCUUGAUAGCGAGGGCAGUUUUCGAUCGUCAUCAGUGGCAUCUCGCAAUGCACCAAGGACCGAGUCCCCCAUAUCUGAAUUUGGAGACCUCCGUCGCGCCGCGAGCACGAGAAGGCGACAUCGAAGGAGUCUGAUUUUACCUGGUACUUCUUCCCCUCACCGGCAGGAAUCACCCUCGAGACCAGGACAGCCGUCCUCGCCUUUACGCAUUAAAGCAAGGGGAUUUCCGAUGUCCCAGGAAGGUGUCGUCUCUCCAGAGGCGUCACCCAUGCUUCCGGGCAGUGACUUUAGUUCACCUGCCACGCACAGUCACAGACAUCACCGGAGGCAAUCUUCAGCAGCCAUUUCUGAUUUCGUCAUGAAGCCUCCGCCAUCGCCUCGCCUAGGUGCGAAUCAAGCACCCCCACAGCCACGCCCAACCCAGCCAUCCAUCAAAGAUUUUGAGAUUAUCAAACCUAUCAGCAAAGGUGCCUUUGGCAGCGUGUAUUUAUCAAAGAAGAAGUCUACAGGAGAGUACUUUGCAAUCAAAGUACUCAAGAAAGCCGAUAUGGUCGCCAAGAACCAAGUCGGCAACGUCAAAGCGGAACGAGCUAUUAUGAUGUGGCAGGGGGAGAGCGACUUUGUUGCCAAGCUUUACUGGACUUUUUCGAGCAAGGACUAUCUAUACCUGGUGAUGGAGUAUUUGAAUGGUGGGGAUUGUGCUUCGCUAAUCAAAGUUCUGGGUGGUCUCCCCGAAGAAUGGGUGAAGAAGUAUCUUGGUGAGGUUGUCCUUGGAGUUGAGCAUCUUCACAGCCGAGGCAUUAUUCAUCGUGAUUUGAAGCCAGACAAUCUCCUUAUUGACCAGAAAGGCCACCUUAAGCUCACAGAUUUUGGCUUGUCUCGCUUGGGAUUGGUCGGCCGGCAAAAGCGAGCAUUGAAUAGUGAAAACUCUGAUGGAACGCCAGACCUGCUCAAACAAGGACCCUUUGCACGAUCUGCCUCUAUUGCUUCGUCAAGAUCAGCGUCACUUGAUCUCCACGGACAUACCCAUUCCCCUGGUCAGACGCCUCAGAUGACACCCGAAGUCGGAAGCUUGGCACAGCCUUCUUAUUUCAGUCUUGGCCAAGAGACCCGUCGAGUAUCAGGUACUCACCGAAGUGACAGUGGUGGUAGUGAGACACUUGCUCGUAUGGUCACCAACUUUUCCUUGCAUGACGCAGAGAUAGCAUCCCAAUCGAACAGCGUCAGGUCACCCCUAGAUGAGGAGGCAGUUGCGCAAGGCUCGCCCGAUCUACCCAUGAGUGUUGGCUCGAGAAUGAGUAUGGAUAGCCACGUCAGGAACUCUCUACCACUAUCCAAUAUGAUGCCACCUCCAAUGGCGCUUUUCAACCCUGAGGAUACAAACAGACGCUUCGUGGGAACACCUGACUACCUCGCCCCUGAAACUAUAAAAGGUGACAAACAAGAUGAAACCAGCGAUUGGUGGUCGGUCGGUUGUAUUUUGUUUGAAUUCCUUUAUGGUAUCCCACCGUUUCAUGCUGGUGAGGCCGAAGAGGUUUUCGAGAAUAUACUAGCAAGGAAGAUUCAGUGGCCUGACGAGAAUGAAUGUGAGCCCAUUUCCGAAGAGGCAAAAGAUUUGAUCAAUAAGCUCCUGUGCAUGGAGCCUCACCAGCGUCUAGGCUCCAAUCGCGAUGACAAGUUCGCCUCUGGUGGUGAAGAGAUUCGCCAUCACCCUUGGUUCCAGGAUGUCAAUUGGGAAACGCUUUUGGAGGACGAAGCUCAAUUUGUCCCACAGCCUGAGAAUCCCGAGGACACAGAAUAUUUCGACGCCAGAGGGGCAGUGUUGCAGUCUUUUGCGGAAGAGAUGGAAGAUCAGGCGUCUCCUCAGUCCUCCGCAGCUGGCUCUGAGUACGCUGAACGGCCCCAUGAUGCCCUUUCGCGGGUCCGGUCUCAGGUCAACUCUAUAAACCGAAAGUUGAUGCCGCUGCAUAUUCCCCCACAUGUCCGAGAUUUGAAGUCGAGGCGUUUGAGCGAGCCGGUGGCGAUGGACGACUUCGGCUCAUUCUCAUUCAAGAACCUACCUGUAUUGGAGAAGGCUAACAAGGACGUGAUCCAGAAGUUGCGAGCAGAGGCGCUAGCCACGCAAAGUAAAGGAACAUCCGUUAGCCCCGGGGCACCCAGCAAUGUUAUAUCACCAGGACCGUCGCUGGAAGGCAGCCCUGUCCUAUCAAACCCUGUCUCCAGAACCAUCUCCAACGCCAAGGCAACAAAUCGAGCACAAUCGCCAUCUGGAUUUGGUCAUACAAGUGCGUCGCCCAAUCGAGCCUCCCAACCAUCAUCACCCUUGUUGGUUUCAUUUGUCGCUGGCCCAGGUGCCGACGGACGACGAAAGGCGUCGAGUAACUCUUCCAGUCUAUCACACCAGUCAACUGCCGCAUCUCUGCAGCCAGGUUCGGCAUUCGAGAUACCCAAGGUUCCCCCAAGCCUGCAAAAGGCCGCUACCACGGUCGCAGCAUCGUCUCCAGUCCAGAGUCGCAGUGCGGCGCCACCUCCUCUGUCACUGUCUCCCCAAAAGACUAUAUCCACCCCACGACAGUCUAGCAAUUCAUCUGCCGGACGUUCGAGAUCACUUACUGUGGGCUCUCAAUCUCAGGACGGCAGUCCUGUUGCUUCUGACAUAAUGCACCAUCAUCGAAAUCGGAGAAGCCAAGUCUUUGACAUGUCACCGUCCUCAUCAGAUAACGAAGGCGAGAAGCAUAACGCCCUUCUCCGAGUACAGAGGCGCAGACAGAGCUCAAGGCGGCUCUCGCAGAUUGCCUUUGAUGGAGGCCCUACUUUCCGGCCUCUCGAUGUGCUGAUUUGUGAAGAUCACCCGGUAUCUCGCAUGGUAAUGGAGAAAUUGCUUGAAAAGUUGAGAUGUCGUACAAUAUCCGUACCAAAUGGGUCUGAAGCUGUUCGAUACUCGAUGAGUGAGAUCAAGUUCGACGUCAUUUUCCUCGAGUAUCAGCUUCCUCAAAUCAAUGGAGCUGAUGUGGCACGAAUGAUUCGGGAGACCAAGAAUGCUAAUUCUCACACACCGAUUGUAGCCAUUACAGCUUACCUCAAGGAGCUUCAAGCACCACAUUACUUUGAUUCAUUAAUCGAGAAGCCCAUCAGCUCGUCCAAGCUUACUGAAGUUCUGCGCGGAUUGUGUCAGUGGCGGCCCGAGUCACCAGGUCAAUCAUCAAGUAUGCCACGCCCGAUCCCAAUGGGAAUCCGCAAAGCCAACUCGCGACUUGAAGACAGUCCGACAUCAGGCUCGUCCAUCUUUGCGAGUCGACUGGGAAAUGCAAUGAUGUCAAGUCGUGAGGACUCGAUCACAUCAUCACUAUUUGGUGAUUCGGAAUCUGUGACGACUGAUGAGUUGCCGGUCGUUGUUAGUCGCAAGCCAACAAACGAAUGGGACGAAGGUGGCUUGAACAUCACAGACAAUAACGAUGCCUCUGACCCCCUAAGGAAGGGAGUACCUUCUCUCGUUGCUCAGCAAUCCGCGCCGGCUCAGAUGGAACACCGCCCACGAAGCAACGAUAAGCUGAGAGGGCGACGAGAAGGCCCUGAACAUAGAACUUUGGAGGGCACCGAAUCAGCUGAUGAUGAAGACGAAGAACUGGGAAGUGGUCGAGAAAAGCACCACGGCCGCAAUAGCCAGCAGAUACUGAGCAAAGCCGGUCUGCCCAGCUCGAAGCUCGGCAUUGAAAUGAUGCGGGCCAACAGUCACGAUAGCUUGACAGUGGGUUCGGAAAGCACGCCUGAAGCUGUGACGCAAGUCGUGACCACGCCUUCAAAGGAGAUGGAGACUGGAGUUCUGGAUGGUGAAGUGGUUGCAGAACCCACUGCACGUACUCCACCUGAUGCAGGACUGAAGGCAGAAGGUGUUACACCCAAUAAGGAGAAGGAUGGAACAGACAGUGUAGACGCAACACCUCGGCCUUUAACGGUUGUCAAAGGAGAUGACGAUGGCGGCAAUGAUGGGGAAGCGACACCACGGCCAACUGAGAAAUAA